AUGCACUUGGAGACUCUCCUCGCCAAGAUCAUGGCGCAUGCUCCGACUGAAAUUGACCUGUACCUACCGCUGGGUGAGGAGCGGGUGGCUGCCCGUCUUCGGGACCUCUUGUUCCUCGACCAAUUGUCUGAUCCGGCGCUCCUCGGUGGCAAAUCUUCGGCCGACGUCUGGCAGGUGCGCAUGCGUAGAACAGGGCCAGAGAUCAAGGGCGGCGUCGAAACUACAUGGCCCGAUCCACGCUUGUUCCUCCUCGCCGACACCGAGGUAUUGGAGGCCUUGAACAGAUACCCCUUCUUCUGGGUCAGGUGCGUCGAUGCAGAGCACGAUGAAGAGACGGAGAAGAGCCUCACUAGGAACAGUAGGGUUCGAUCGUCAGUGGUGGACGGGUGGUUCAGGAUGACGACGAGGAGCAUAGUCGACCUCUGUCAGGAACUACGUCACUGCGACGGGGGCAGUCUUACACCGCAAGUGUGGCGGUGGGAAGACGCUCUUCUGUACAAUGGGAAGCUGACCGGCUCCAACCUCGCCAGUGCUGUGUCAAGUGGAAAGUGA